CCUGAGUGGCUGCAGGACUCACGUGACGUCAGGGAACUCGAAGAGUCCCGCAGGAGAGCUGCUGACCGGUGCACGUGCAGCGCUCGGACGGACGGGUUCGGCUUUUGUAAAACCCGGAAGAAGCAGUUCUGCAGCGGUCCAAAAUGUCCGAGGAGGCGGCUGAGGAGGGCACAUCCCAGACCCAGUCCACUUUGUCUCCGUCCCAGGUGAAGUUCCAGUCUCAGUCUCAGCCAGGGUCUGGUUCUUCUAGCGGGCCCACUUCAGCCAGUCAGUCCUCCAGCGGGUCUGGGACUCUGAGUAGUGUGGACACCAUUCCUGUUACUCUCCCUUCGGUUCCAGAGGAGCCAGAACCGGAACCACAACCCUGGGGCCGCCUGCUGCCCAUGGCCCAAGGCUUCCGGAGCCACGACUGCAUUGCAGACGAGUACCUGUUUGGACGGGAUUCUAAAUGUAGCUACGUCUUUGGUGAAGCGGAAGAGAGGGGGUCCCAAUACUUCAGAACCUACAGCAAGAGACACUUCAGGAUCUUCAGACCUUGUUUAAUAAAGACGAAGGACUUCUACCAGACGGAGGACAGCUACUUCAUCGUCCUUGAGAUGAUGGAGGGGGGCGAGCUCUUCAAUAAAGUCAAGUCUCAGCAGCAGCUCAAGGAGUCUGUGGCCAAACUCUACUUCUACCAGAUGCUCUGUGCCGUCCAUUACCUCCACAGUAACGGGAUCAUCCACAGAGACCUGAAGCCAGAGAACAUCCUGCUGUCCUCCAGUGAAGACGUAUGCCUCAUCAAGGUGACAGACUUUAACCAGUCCCGGAUCCUGGAGGAGGCUGCCCUGAUGAGGACUCUGUGUGGAACUCCAUCGUACCUGGCUCCUGAAGUCUUCACCCACGCCAACACCACCGGCUAUGGCCUGGCCGUGGACGCCUGGAGCCUCGGGGUCCUGCUCUUUGUCUGUCUGAGUGGCUACACCCCGUUCCAUGAGAACUUUGGGAAUUAUUCGGUGUCUGAGCAGAUCACUCGGGGAGAGUUCACGAUGAUUCCAAAAAAAUGGGAACACAUUUCAAACCAAGCAAAGGAUAUGGUGAGGAAGCUGCUGGUGGUCGAUCCUAAAGAGAGGAUGAGCAUCGCUGAAGCUCUGCAGCACCCCUGGUUACAGGAUCAGGAGAUGCUGGCCACGGCUCAGAGGCUCAUGUACCCAAACGAUGCCGCCCAUCAUCCAGCGCCUGUCGCCAUGGUAACCCCAGCCCAGCAGGAGACGGAGUCAGGGGACACCACCCACAGAAAACGAAAACGGGAAAGAGACGAUGAAGAGCGCCCUGCCAAGCGCAGCCAAGUCCCGCCCCCUCUGUAGCCCAGCUGUCCAUAAGCUGCUGUAAAUAAUUGUUUUUCCAGUUUCAGUUGUUUAAUAAACUUCAGCCUGUUUUCUGAA